AUGUCAAAUGGUCACGUGGCUGGCUUCCCCUCUUGUUCUUUCCUUGUUCAACUCUCAUUCUUUUCCCCAAUAUCCCUAGGGCUACACUCUUUCCUCCUCGACUACUUCCAACUUGAGCUCUAUUCCCCCUCAAGCAAAGGAAAUCUAAUACUUGUCUUCAAAUUCGAGCCUCAGCUCCCCUAUUUGACGCAAGGUUGCUGUACUAUCAUAUCCUCACGCUUUGAGCCUAUGCCGCCGUCUGAUAUUGGCAACGGGUGCUUCAAUGAGCGGUCAGAUGUUCGGACGGAGGUUCUAUAUCGCAUUGAGGCAGGUAUUAAAGACAAAACUGGCAGUGACAUGGUUCCUCCUGAGUUCUGGGCAUUCUGCCAGGUUGCUGAUGUUUCCAAACUGAACGCACUCAUCGCUACGGUAGAGCCGCUUGAGCCUGCAGUAGCGACAGGUAUCCUAGAGCCAAACAUUAAUCGUUGCCAUGAGGUAAUUUCACGAUGGCUUCAAAACGUGGAUGUUAAGAGUUCAGCCCCCAGUACAAAUUAUUCGCAGCGCUCCAAUACAGCAAUCAGUAAUUGCAAAAAGCGAGAAAAUUACAAGUGCGUUCUGACUGGGCAAUCAGAGUCAGAUGCUGCUCAUAUUUACCCAUUCUGUCUCAUCAAGGCCUCUACUCGUGAACCAACCGUGGUGGCAACAUUCUGGAAUACCAUGAAGCUAUUUUGGGAGGACGAUCGUGUUAAGCAAUGGCCAAAAGAUAUAUUUGGCAAUGAACUGGACUUGCGGAACCCCCAGGAUACAUGUUUAAAUAUGCUAAGUCUUAGCCAAUACCCACACACACUAUGGGGAUCUGGCCGCUUUGCUCUUCGCCCAAUCGAGAAGCCUAAUUCGACGACACUGAAGGUUCAAUUCUAUUGGCAAAAAAAUUCAUCGGAUGGGGUAACCGAAAUCAGACUCCUAACGGCGCCUGAAUCUACUCGUGGGCUGUAUGGUGAGCCGGAUCAUUUACCAACUCUGACUGGCACAUAUAAGGAUAAUGGGGAGCCAGAGUAUAAAGCUAUUGCUUCUGGUGAUAUUUUCACUCUGACUACACCUGAUCCCGAUCAGUUGCCACUACCAAGUUGGCCACUCCUCGAAAUGCAGUGGCAUCUUCAGCGGAUUGCAGCCAUGAGUGGCGCUGCGGAAGCACAAUACUAUCUGGAUUCUGAUGAUGACUCUGAUAUAAAAGAUGUGAUAAACUUUGACACUACUGUAGGCCAUGUUAAAGAUAUUCUCAUGUGGUUGCAGACGUCCACUGAUAACAGCGAAUCGCCGGCGGAAUGGGGCAUCCCAACAAUCGCCAAUUGA